GAUCAUCGAUCACCGGGAUCAGCUAAUAUUUUUUUCCGUUUGUGAAUUUUGUGCUCGGGAUACGUUUUGUGAAAUGCAGCUCAACGAUCAUUGGCGAAAGAUCGUAAAGACCCUGAUCUUUGCGUUUCUUUGCACUGAAAUGCAGACGACCUAUACCCAUCGAGAUUUGGCGGCAAAACGUGGCAUUGGCCUGGCCGAAAUGGAUGCCAUUGCCGCGGCCACGGGUGAGGAUCCAUUGCGGGGGAAAAUUAGGGCUCCGCACCAGGCGUCCAUAAGGCUGUUGGCCCACGAACGGGAUUACUUUGGCAAGGGACACAUCUGCUCGGGCGCUUUGGUGGCGCCCUCUGUUGUGCUGACCGUCAGUAGCUGCAUCUUCAGUCAGGUAAAGAAGAGCUACUACCAUCCAUCGGAACUGCGCGUUAUGCUCGGGAAUCCCCAGAGAUUUGCUCCCCACGAGCAGGGACUCUUCUUCGGCGUGACCCACAUCCACCAGCCUCCUAAAGAUUUGGCUCUGGCCAUUCUGAUGCUGGAAAAGGAUGUGCCUCUGGAUCAUCCGCUCAUCCAGCCCAUUGGCCUGCCCUCGCCUGGAGCCACCUCUGUCCUGGAUUCGGAAUCCAGUAGUCUUCUGCAGAUCAGCACUUGGGGCUACGAUGGCGAUAUUCGCGAGCUGCACGAUCUGGUCACGCUGAAUGCCACGCACACUUCGUGUCACCAGCAGCAGAGCAAAUCUCCGAGGAUUUGUGUCCAGCCGGAGACGGGCAACUCCAAUCCUGGCCAGCUUUACAUGGAUGCGGGUGCCACGCUAACGGAACGCGAUCGCCUGCUUGGCCUGAGGAGCAUCGAUGGCGGAUUCGAGGACGUGGCCAGUCAUGUGGAGUGGAUACUGGCCAAGAUUGGGGAUGGUGGCAAUCAGAACAGCUCCAUUUGGGGCAUUUUGGGAUUCCUAGUGUUCACCGGUUACGUGAUCACCAUCAGUAGGAAGAGCUUUUCCACCUAGGAGGAAAAACUCAAUUGGGGGAAACUAGCCAAGUAAGAUUUCCUUGGCUUUACACUAGUGACAAAGCCAAGAAGUGUGAUAAUCUCGAUCCCAUGUUUUUUUUGUUGCCUACUAGCUUUAAGAUACUAGAUAAUAUAUACAUUCCAAAAAUAAUAACAAAAUUAUGAUUUAACAAAACUAAACAAUUCAUAGCAUAAACAUAGGAUAUAUACAGUAAAUAAAACUAAACAUAGUUAACAAUA